UUCCCUUUUGUCAUCAUGGUUUCUUUAGCACUUGUACUUGCUCUUCUUUUUUUGGGUGUCUCAACUUUACAAGCGGAGUACUAUGCACCUUAUACUCCUAAAAAAAGCUAUGCACCUACAUCUACUACUAAAAAGACUAUGAACGUGAUCGAUUCUUGUUGGCGUGCCAAGUCAAACUGGGCCAAGAAUCGCCAAGCAUUAGCGGAUUGUGCUGUUGGCUAUGGCAAAGCAGCCAUCGGAGGGAAAAAUGGUGCGAUAUACGUAGUUACUAAUCCGUCGGACGACCCGGUAAACCCUAAACCAGGUACACUAAGAUAUGGUGUAAUCCAAACCAAACCACUAUGGAUUAUUUUCUCAAAGGAUAUGGUUAUAACGCUAAAGAAUGAGCUUAUGAUGAAUAGUUACAAGACUAUAGAUGGAAGAGGUGCAAAAGUGGAAAUAGCAUAUGGACCUUGUAUAACAAUUCAACGUGUUAGCCAUGUGAUUAUACAUGGGAUUAGCAUCCAUGAUUGCAAGCCGGGGAAAAAAGGCAUCGUCCGGGAUAGUCCGGUGCAUGCCGGCCAUCGCAACGGCGCCGACGGAGAUGGCAUUGAUAUAUUUGCAUCAUCAAAUAUUUGGAUCGACCAUUGCUAUCUUGCACGUUGCACUGAUGGACUUAUUGAUGUUAUUCAUGCUUCUACUGGUGUUACCAUUUCCAACAACUACUUCACUCAACAUGAUAAAGUCAUGUUAUUUGGACACAAUGACAACAAUAAAGAAGACACGGUUAUGAAAGUUACGGUAGCCUUCAACUACUUUGGACCUGGUUUAAUUGAAAGAAUGCCAAGAGUGAGACUAGGAUAUGCUCACGUGGCCAACAAUCGGUAUGAAAAAUGGUUGAUGUAUGCUAUUGGUGGAAGUGCUAAUCCAACCAUCUUCAGUGAAGGAAAUUAUUUCUUGGCAGCUAAAUCCACAGAAGUUACAAAGAGGGAAGCUAAGAGUGGAUGGAAGAAUUGGAAGUGGAGGUCUUCAAAGGAUAAAUUUUUGAAUGGAGCUUACUUUGUACCAUCUGGUUAUGGGACUACUAAUCCAUAUUACACAAAGGCUCAGUCAUUUUCAGUGGCUGAUGGUUCAUUAGUUCCUUCUUUAACGGCUGAUGCUGGACCAUUGCGUUGCACUGCAUAUAAAUGUUAACCUGUUUUUUUUCUCUUUUAACCCUUUCUAUUUUGGCCUGGAACUAAUUAAGUGCAUAUAUAAUUGUUUGUGUUAUUUAUGCACUUUUUUAAUUUUAUUUUUCUUCUACCAAACGGGGACUCUUAAAAAUCAGAAUCCCUGAGAAUGAGAUGUGAAGAGUACUGUGUUGAGGAUCCAUUUUGGAUAUUGUAUUGAUCAUUAAAAAACUUUCAUGUAAAUGUAAAUAUAUGCGUAGUAUAUUGGGAAAGAUCUUAGCAAUUGGUCUCUCUUUUUUGCUCAAGUUAGAAUAAAUAAAUAAUAUUCGCAAGUUUGUAUUGU